CAGAUUCCUGAUUUUGUAUUCCCCAUGUCAGUCAUGAAGCUGUGUGCGAUCCUAUUCGUCGUCGUUGGUAUCGUUGCUGGGGCUCAUGCCCUGUUCCUGCUACGCCAUGGAACCUGUGCAAAUCGUUGCUUCACCCCCAACGACUACACCUUCAGCUGUCAGUGCGACGCUGACUGCGAGACCAUCGGCAACUGCUGCGGGGACUUCUGGACCAGAUGCAGAGGUUCUGAGUAUGGUCUCGUGGUAACGCCCAAAGAAUUGGUCACCUUUGCCCAGAGUAUCUGGGACAACGAUGUGAACCGGGUGGACGGAUCCUUGUACACCCUCAACUACCAGGGUAUGACCACGGGCAAAGAGACGGGUGAUGGCGCAACCGGCAAGCUGAUCACUCCAGCGGACAAUCAACUUGACGUUCUCCUGACUGACCACAACACCACCUACCCUACAUUCAUACACCUGUUAGACAACUAUGCAGCGAACGUGCAUCACGCGGAACACCGCCCAAACCACGAGAUUCAGGAGGAGAAUAAGUUCUGGGACGCCAUCUCUAAAACAAAGGUCAUGCAGCUCACCUUUAGGUUCCUGGUAGAUAAUGGUUUUAUGAAGAGUGACAUGAAGGCCUUCCGUACAAUCAUCAACGAAAUGUGGUUCGAACUUUAUCCAGUACAAAACCACGCCUCCGCACUGUCCGAUAGCGGAUUCGAACACAUUAUGGUUGGUGAGACGUUAACACACAAAACAAGCAAUACAACGGUCCGGGGAUUCCACAACUGGGUACAGUUCUACCAGGAGGAGAAGGCUGGAAAGCUGGACUAUGAUGGAUUUAUCAAGUAUGCCCAGAACCCCGAUAUCGUAGACGUCCGCUUUAACUGGAAGAACGGUAUCGCCAAAAGCAGUUCUUUCUUCGUUGGAACUAGUCCUGAGUUCGACAUGGCUCUCUACACAGUUUGUGCACUUGUUCACCCAAACAAAAAUUGUCCCGUCACCAUAAACGGCAAACACUUCGGCAUUCUGACAACAACAGCACGACACCAGCAAAUUCAACAACUGACAUCAGUAAAGCCAAACUUCAAAGGCACCAACUCCACUGCAAGCACAUAAUAAAACAUUCAGUCAUUAAAAUAUUGUUUGUCUUU